AUGGAUGUUCAGGGCGGGGCUAGUGGAUCCCUACGCACUGGACCAGCAAUUGAUCAUACAACACUAAGCAAAGGUGGUGAUGUUUUAUACGCUCGAAUGGCUCUUAUAAGCUCAAAAGAUGCUCUAAUUGCGAUAACACCCACAAUCGACUCGUCCAAUAUCCCGAAUAUGUGUCUAUCUUUUUGGUACCUCGCAUUCGGCAAUAAUGUUGGAGAGUUUUACGUCCUGAUAAAAGACAUCAGCCAAAGCAUGAUGAACCUCGGCUCAACCAUCUGGAGUCCUCUUUUCACCCUACGAACUGGAAUAUCUCGAUCGAAAACAGACUGGCGAGAGCGGCCUAAAUCCUCACUGGAAAUUGAGAGGCAACGCGCAUGGAAACCGAUUGGAACAACUCAAAAAUCGAAAGUCACUAAUCCCCCACUCCUUCCCUUUGCCACUCCCCCUUCAAUGAAGUCAACAGCCAUUCCUCGUUUGAGAGGAAGAAAAACUUGCACAAAAACAACUCUUCUUUAUGAUAUUUUUAGCGAUCGAAAAUCACUUUGCUGCGAUGGCUUUCUUUUCUAUCGAAGUGCAGGGAAUGCCUGCUGCGCGAAAAGUGCAUAUAAUACUAGAAAACAGAUUUGCUGCGGGGAGGAAAUCUACGACAAGCGUAAAUUCAUCUGCUGCAACAACAUGGCUUUCGACAAGAGCGAGUUCCACUGCUGUGAUAUCACAGCGUUGAAGAGAAAAGACAGCCCAGAGCGAUGCUGCAGCGAGGAAUUCGGAAAAGUUGUGACUUUUGAUCCCACAAAAGGAGACAAGUGCUGCCGGGGAAAGACGCAUUCCAAAACUCUCAUCGCUGCAGAAGCUGGUAAAGAUGCCGUCUGCUGCGGAGACGAUUUCAUAAAGAGCUCGGAGAAAUCGCAACAAUGUUGUGGAAAGAAAAUCUUUGGCAUAAAAUAUGACAAGCGUUUUCAAGCCUGCUGUGCGUCUCAGACUGAGUCAAGUUUGUAUAGUGCUCUUGCAGAGUCGUGCUGUGGCGGAAAAGUCAUUUCAAAGUCCUCAACGAAAUGUGUUCAAGACGAACAGGGCCUCGAAUCCCCAGCACCGAUGGAUAUCCUAGACUAUCUAUCAAAAGGAAAACUUCCUCCGUGGCUUGCAUGCACAGAAUCUCGAAUGGGAGAUCGAGUAAUGAUGCCUGCUUCGUGCAGAAAACCGCCCUUUAGAUGGGAAGAAGUCUACGAAGAUGACUAG